AUGGCAACUUGUUGUUUGUGCUUGGGAGGCGACACCGACAUUCCCGCCUUUGGGACGAUGAAGGAUGCCCAGGACCUCAUCACUCCCUGCGCCCAAUGUCUGAUUGUGACCCACCGCAAGUGCCUUUUGGAAUGGUUCAAUUCGCUCCCCACUGAUAAGAUCAAGGUGGUCGAUGUGCGACUGGAGUCGUCGGAUGCUUCUCUGGCACCGACAACGGAAACGCAUGAAGACUUGAACAUUGGGGUGGCUCCCCUGGCCUCUGAUACCCUGGCUUUGAACACAUCCUCCCUCACCAUGUGGGUAAUGGAAUGGGCUCGCAUGAACAGCGACAUCGAUAUGGACAUGGGAUAUUCGGGAGACGACGAGCAGGAUCUUGAAGUAACCCCGAACCGUCGCGUAUCGUCGCACGUGUUUUUAAUGACAUCGUGUCCUCAAUGCAAGAGCGAGAUUGUGUUCUCUCUCAAGCGGCUGCCUUUCCUUUCAUUGUUGACCAAUGUGAGGGGGUUUGCCACCAAAUUUGUGCAAUACGGGGGCUUAUUCCUUGGCUUUACUCUGGCGGUCACCGGGGUUGUGACUAUGGGCUACGUCGGCCUUACCACCUGUGGACUUAAGAUUAUGGAAUCAAUGGUGCCAGGUAAUUUGAUUGUUCAGCUUCUCACACGGGGAACCCGGCUGUCGAAUUAUCAAAACUUGAGUCAGUUGUUGCUUGGACGUAAUGACACUCACGGUAUUGAUAACUUGGAGCAGGCUCUUGUGAAAGGUCUCGUGGACCCCUUGAAAUUUCUGCGAGUGCCAAUUUUACCUAUCGUACUCUAUCGUAUGCGACUGAGCUCCAUUUCAACAGUUUUAUUUGGGAAUUCGUUUGACAAUCCCUUCCCCUGGAAUGCAUUUUUCACCGAGUUCAUGAUCAGUGCCUACUUGUCGUCAUUGGGCAACCACGAAUUGGCGUUCGGAAUAUAUCGCAAUGUCAUUGAUAUGUUCAAGAAUCCGCAUAAAGGCACCACCCUUUUCAAGGGCAUCAACCUUUGGAAAACGACAAAUAUGAUUUCGAUGUUGAUUCCUGUUCGUUGGAUCUAUGACAUGAUCUACCGGGUAACUUUCAAUCACAAGUACUUUGAUUUGACCCUUCAAGUUCGACCUCGUGAUAUUGCCAAUUCCAUGUCACAAGAUGAUGCUGACAAGUUGGAAGACAUCAACAAUGCUUUGGGUGGUCUCGCUCUGCGUUACUAUAUACUUCAAAAGCAGGUGAAAAAAGCUAUGCCUAACAAAGCCCCAGGGUUAUCGACAUGGAUUAACUACCUCAAGAGAAAGAUUUCCAUCACCACAAAGUUGGCCAAUGAGGGAUUCUAUGCCCAAUUAUUUAGGCUCAAGUUUAUGAGUGCAUUUUAUCUGUUGCGGGCUACUAUCCGUUACGAUUAUUCCCGGAAGGUUGGUCCCAGUCUGGUUGCCUUGAAAUGGAUUGGGACAGUGUUGUGGCCGUUGGUAUCUCUGAAAGUCGGUGGGAUAAUUUUUAAAUAUAUCGCCCUGCGUUUGACGCACAUCCCGGAAGACAAGAUAAUGAUGUUGCUGAAUUUCAUUGGGUUGGUUUUAGUCGUGAUCGUUCGUGACGUCCUUGCCUUGGGUGUAAAUUACCACAAAGCGUAUCAAUUGCUGAACUUAACAGUGUUGUGUCGUGACCAUACUUCUCCCAAUUUGGAGGAGGUUCAUGAAUUUCAUGAAGAGCAAUUGCCUGGUAGCUUUCAAAGUGGUUCAUACUAA